AUGUACUCACAGCGGCCGUUAUCAUAUGCUCCAACUCCCUACAGCUACACACCAAAUCCGGCCCGAUCGGCCUCGAUUAAUCUCGAUGAGGAAGUGAAACUGGUGUCCAGCUCGGGCGAACGAGAUCUCUACGAAUCACUUGCCGAAAUAUACAGCAUCAUAAUCACCCUCGAUGGACUCGAAAAGGCCUACAUCAAGGAUGUGGUCACGGAGGCGGAGUACACUGAGACCUGCACCAGACUAUUGAAGCAAUACAAGUCCAGUCUAGGCGACGAAUCCGUGUCGCGAGAAUUCGUUGAUUUGGAAACAUUCAAGAGAACCUGGGGCUUGGAGUGUCCUCGCGCAACCGAACGACUCCGCAUUGGUCUUCCAGCGACCGUCGAACAAGCCUCACAUGGUGCGCCGCAAACAACUAGCACGGGAGCCGGAGGUGGUGUGGGUGGUGCAUCGGGCAGUCUCAUCCUGGCAGCGACGGAGAACUUUAUCACCUUCCUCGACGCAUUGAAGUUGAAUAUGGUCUCGAAGGAUGCGUUGCAUCCACUGCUAUCGGAAGUCAUUCAGUCUGUCAACAAAGUGACGGACGGCGAAUUUGAGAACCGUGGCAAGAUCAUUCAAUGGUUGAUAGCGCUGAAUCAGAUGCGGGCGACAGAAGAGCUCAGUGAGGACCAGACGAGGGAACUUGCAUUUGAUAUUGAGCAGGCUUAUCAAGGGUUCAAGGCAACAUUGAACUAA